AUGCCGGAGGGGUCGGGACAGGGGUCGGGGCUGGUGAGCGGCGGGGCGCCCCGCGCGGCGCUGGGGUAUUCGCCGGACGAGAGGCUCCGGCUCCAGCAGCUGCGCGUGCUCCGGCGCCGGUGGCUCAAGGACCAGGAGCUGAGCCCGCGCGAGCCGGUGCUGCCCCCGCGCAAGCCUGGACUGGUGGAAGGCUUCUGGGAGCGCUUCCUGCAGCCUGGCGGGUUCUGGAGGAAUCAGGUAUUCAAAACCUACAACGCUGGGAAAUUUUUUACAGUUCGGUUACUUAUUCCUCUUUGGCUUGUCCACUACUAUGUUAAAUAUCAUAUAACGGCUCAGCCAUACGGAAUUGUUGAGUCAAAGCGCAUGUUAUUUCCAGGUGACAAAAUCCUGGAGACGGAUGAAGUAGUUCCCCCAUUGGAAGUACCAAGCAGUCAUCAUUAAGAGGCUCAAGAACUCAGAAAAGCUGCAGACAUCUGGCUUGUUUCCUAGAAAAUGUAUUACUUAAUUCUAAAUAAUCUAACAAUAAAAGAUUUCAAGAUUACAAUUAAGACUUUUUUUAUUGAACUAAACAUAUGUUGUAGUCUUGCCAGAUUUUCUGUUAGAACAGUAAUGAAACGCAGACUCUACAUAACAGUGGACAAUUGCCAAGCAAAUAUUUGCUGACAGUGUAAUACUGAAAUGAAAGUUAAUCAGGCUUAAUAGCUUAACUACCUGCUACAGUCAAAGAAAAUGGAUGGCAGGCAUACUGUCGCAAUAAAGUUCUAAAGCAUAAACAA